AUGAAAGCUCUCCUUCUUCUAACAAUAAGCUACUUAGUACAAUGUUGGUGGCAUGUUGGACACAUGAUGACUGCACAAAUAGCAAAGAACUACUUAAAAGAUAAUCGUCCAGAUGUAUUAGCUUGGGCUGACUCAUUGGUUUAAGAUUUAAAUCCACUCACUGAUGGGAAGUCUAAUACAUUUGCAGAAGCUGCAGUAUGGAUGGAUGACAUUAAGGAAACAGGAACUUCAUUUAUGAACGAUUGGCAUUAUACAGACAGACCCAUAAAUCCAGACGGCUUAUUGAUUAAGAUAGAUGAUUAAUCAAGAAACAUUAAUUCUAUUUAUGCAAUUAACUAAGCAGUUUCAGUACUCACAAACACCAAAACAGCUAAGAAUAGACAUACAAUGUUUAAAGCUUAAAUGUUAAGAGUGCUUCUCCAUGUUAUUGGAGACUUACACCAACCAUUACAUGAUACUACAUUCUGGAAUUCAAGUUAUCCCAAUGGAGAUUAAGGAGGAAAUUUCAUGAAAGUGCAGGUAAAAUUGAAUAAAUAACUUUAGUUGGAGAAUGGAACCUUGGUAAAUUUGCAUUCAUUUUGGGACGCAGGUGCAUUUGCUUUUAGUCCCAACAACUCUUUUCUAGUCAGACCUCUGAGUUAAAGCGAUCAGGAAUAUUUAAAUAAGUGGUCAUCAGACGUAAUUAAAAAGUAUCAAAUUACGAAAUACGAUAAUUUGGACAUGACGUAUAUUACGCAUUAAUAUUUAAAUAGUAAUCCAUCAGUUUGGACUUAUGUUGGAUAUAGAUAAGCAAUCUAAUUUGUAUACCCAAUGAUUGCUUAAUCUAAUAGCUACAACAAGGACUAUGUCUAAUAAGCAUAGUAGUUCUGUGAAGAGAAUUUAGCUAUAGGAGGAUAUCGUUUGGCAUAGAAGUUAAUAGAUAUAUAUGAUCAGAUAUUAUAAAAUGAAGCCAAGAUAAAAUAGGUGGAUUGA